AGUUGGGGUCUGUGCGUCCCCUCUUCCUUAGCACGUGGGCUCUGAUGCUGAUGAACUGUCAGGACCGAGCGCAUGCGUGCUGCGAUGAUGGGAAUUUCCAACAGCUGAGGAGGCGUAGCUAGCCGUGGCUAGCACUUGUUAAAGAUUCCUGUUUUUGUGAUGCCCUGUGAUGUGUCCUUGCAGCUUGGAGAUGGCUGAGAAGAAUCGCACGAUCAUGAAUGUGUCUUCUACAUGAGUGACCUUGAACUCUACGCAUGCUGAAACUAAGGGAUGGAAUAGAUACAACUCUGCAUUAACAGAGCGUGAAGCAAAAGCUCCUCCUGACUUCAUCUUGCAUGACAUAGGCCUGUUUGUCUGGAAACAAGUUAGGCUUUGAGCCAAUACCAGAGAUGCCUGUGCAAAGGCAUCCCUACAGGCUUCAGCCUAGCUACGCCAACUGAAAGCACCAGACAACUGCAUCUCUUGUUUGAAGGAUGUGCUGCUGAGUGGAUGCAAAGUCUCACUCCUCUUCCACCUCUCCAAAACAUUAACAUUGAGUGUGUGCCAGUGUGUGCAGUGAAUUAUGGUGACCAAAAAUGGUGCUUGAAUGUGGUAUCCUGGUGCAAGGUAUGCUAAAAGGGGCGAGGCUCUUCCAGAAAAGUAUAACAGCUGACUAAUAGUCUGCUGCCGAUAAUGGAUGCCAAGUUAAAAGAGGACCUGUUUCGGAGGUAUGUGACGGCACUGGAGAGGCGUCUGGAGGACGGAGGGGAAUACACAGGGACUGGAACUACACCAGAGGUGGACAGAAGCAGACACAAGGACAGUGAGGCCCUACUCUCCACAGCCACAGCCCUGCUAGGAGCCUACCAGCCAGAUCCGGGACAACGGUUCCGUAUGGUACGUUUCUAUGAGGUGGUGGAGAACUCGCUCCGCUGCCAGAGAGGGGGCAGCCUCAGGAGCCUGGAGAGAGCGUUCCACACCCUGGAAACCAUCUGCACCAACCUCUUGCUGUUCCCCUGGAAGAAGGAGUUCAGAUGUAUUAAGACCUUCACUGGCCCAUAUGUGUACCAUCUGCAGUCUGCCAUUUCUGAUGCUGAACUCCGGUCUCUAAUGCGCACCAUUGGCUACGCCUGUGACCAUGAUUCGCAGUUCCAUUUGCAGGAUCACCCAGGAGGCGUAAAUCAUCUCCGCCAGUUGGCAUUCGAGCUCUUCCUGGCCCAGGCAGAGUGUCGUCUUCUGGGAGAGGUAGUGGCUCUGGCCCGUGGUUCAGCCUCAGAGCUGGAGGCCCUGGAACUCCGCAGAGGUUGUAGAGAUGAUGCAGCUGGCUGUGCUGAGGCACUGCGCAGACGCGACAGCCUUGGGGCAGAUAUGGCUCGGCUGUCUGUGCGGCCGCUGGAUAUAGAGAGGCCUCAUGCCCACCACCUGAGGCGAGGUAGCCGACCGUCUAAGUCUGUGGAUGUUACAGAUGGGGCUGGUCACUGGCACGCAGCAGUUAGCAAGCCCGUCUUGAAGGCCUCAUUGAGUCUAAGGAAGGAGCCUCUGUUUGUGGAUACAGAGGAGGAUAUGAAGGAUGAGAUUAUCAGGCCCAGCACUUCAGCGUCUCUUUUCUCUGUGGCAGCUCCACCUUCCUAUAGCCCUGUUGCUGAUUUCUUCCCAAUUCAGUCACCUCCCCCGGCUGAUCCCUACACAUCCUACCAUCUGUCUUCUUUGGAUGAGAUUGAUUUGUACACAGAGAGAGGUGGGACGGGCGGAAGGCAAACUCCAUCUCGACCUCCAUCCAGAGAGCCUCGAGAUGCAAGGGAUGGGUGGCUGCUCAAAGCUCACGGUAGUGUGAAGUGUCAGGGUUGUGGACUGGGCUGCUCCACAAUGGCGUCCUGCCAGAGGUGUGACAUGAUCCUCUGUUCUGCCUGUCACGAUGUGGACCCCUCCCCUUGCUGUGGCCUCCAGGACUACCACCCCAAAUCUCCACGGCCCCUUGAUGGAUACAUUCCCGUCAAGGAAAAGCUCUCUGUCUACUCCAACACUCAUUCCCACUCCCAUCUCCAUCCGCACCCCCUCACACUGACCCACUCGCAUUCUCAUCCCCACCCUCACCCCCAGAUGGUGGAGAAACCCCUCAUGUCCACGAAGCUGUUUCCAAGCAAAUCUGUUGCCUUGACAACACCAAAGGGAGGCAGCAGUGAGCGAAUAAGCAUGGGGGGAUCGCGAUGCGGGUUUUGCAACAAGCCAGGUGCAUCACACACGUGUGUGAACUGCUCUAAGGUGUCAUGUGACUCAUGCAUGGGCUUGUAUGCAAAGGAUGUGUGCACGCGAAAGAAUCCUCAGCACAGCUUUGUGCCCAACCAUCAGCUCAACUUCAAAUCUGGCACCAUAUCUCACCUGGUGUACCGAUGAAUCAGGCAGACAGAAUAUUUUUUUUUCUCCCUCCCCGUCCCCUCCCUCAACCCGCAACGUAGUUCUGCACUAUUGCUUUAGCUUCCUUCCUGCUUAAACAAUUCAUUCACUAUCUUCCCCCGUAUCUGAUGGUCUUUUCUCUAACCCUCUCUUGAACUUUGUACAUUUUCUCUUACUGUCAGUAGGGCCGUGGAAUGCACCUGCCACAGAGAGCCAUAUCAUCUGCCCAUCUCUCUGCCUUGUAUAAGUUCAGGCCUUUUAUCUAUUUGUUCUUCCUUUUACCUUGCUACCUGCUCUUGAGUAGUCAUGUGAUGUUGUAGCGCUUCCCAAAUUCCUCAAAUUUUGCCCUCCUCAAAAGGGAAACUGGAGAAAAGAGAGUUUAAUUCUCAUUUUGAAUGAAUUCUGUCCAAAUGAACAUAUAUACUUUGCCUAACUUCUCAGCUAAAAAAUCCUCUAAUAUAUAAAUAUAAAUAUAUAUAUAUAUAUACAGUAUAUAUAUAUGUGUGAGUGUGAAUGUAUGUAUGUGUGUGCGUGUGUGUGUGUGUGCGUGUGUGUGUGUGUGGAAAAGACCUCUGAGCUUGCAUUGUGAUAUAGGGGAUCUUUUUAAACUUGAAAAAAAUGUAGGGAAAAAGAGAAAACAUACACUGGAAGUCAAUAAGUCAAUAGUAUAUAUUUUUAAUCUCUAUUCUCUAGAACAAUGUGAGACUGUUAAAUGGGCAUGAGGUCUGGCAUUGGGAUUUUUUGGGUAUAAACUUAUCUAUGUGGGUGUGGGGUGGGAGAUAUCUCAAAGGGACAUAUUGAGACAAUGGUCAGAUGCCAUAUAUUCUAUUUAAAAGAUUAUGCCUUGUAAAUUAACCCUCAAUUGUUUCUGGUUAUGCGACUGAGAUUUAAAUGCUGCUGUUGACUUGAGACAUUGAAGAUGUGUGGCGUUGAUUUCUUUCUGGUGGUUGUGUCAGUUCCAAGCCCCCCUCCCAUCCCUUUGUCAUUACACUCCUUAAGCCCAUCAUGAUGUUGUAGUGCCCCCUCACCAGAUCAGUGGUUCAGUGUCAGUCUCAGGUGAGGUCACAGGAAGUCUCAAGCUGGGCCACAAAUCAAGUGAUCAAGGUUCUUAGACAAUGCGUGAGCCUACUGAUUGGUUUUAGGCAGUAUGAAGGAAUAUACUCUAACAUGGUUUCUGUCUACCUCAAAUGGCUUCAGCUUAUACACCCAAUUUGACUUUGUGGUUUCAAACUAGCCCUGAAAACCUAAGAAUUGCUGUGUUUAUUACAUUAUUAUUCUCUAAUUUGCAACUUUUUUGUUUUGUUUUAGCUGAAUAAAAAAAAAAUCCCUCUUACAUUGAAGUGAGUCAGUCACUUUUAGAGGUUAGCAAAAGUUAUUUAUUUUGUGAGAUAAUCUUGGGCUUUCUUGUGUGAACAACAAUUUAAAAGCUCCCUUGUCCUGUCUCUUUUUGUCCCAUUGGCAAAAUAUAAAAGCCAGAGAAACCACUUACAAUAUGUUGCAGUCCAGGAUAACACUACUACAGACUCAGAGCUGAAAACUGACUACAGAGUUGACGCCUCUCUUACACAGUGAUAAUAUAACCUUUGCAGCUUUGCAGUUGAAGUAUUUAUUACGUGGCUAUUACACUAUAUUUCACAGGGAUUUCUGUGAAGUCCACCUUCAUGUACAGGGUAGUGAUUGCAAGUUUGCAGUAAUUUCUUUAAAGAGAAUUUCUCUGCUACUUAGUGUUCACAUUUUUAAAAGCCCACUCUUCCAUAUGUUGAAAGCAAACGAAUUAAUUUCAUUCAUUAGUAUACUUCAAAAAGCCUUUUCUUCAUCACGGGUAAAUAUAUUCUGCUUACAUUUACAACCGAGAGUCAUAAAUUCAGUAGGCACCUUUAGUGUUUAAACUUUGAUUCUCUGUGUAAGAAAUAUUUGAAUAUCGCAGUUGAUAGUCGCAAAGGGCUAAUUUAAAAUCACAUUUCAUUAAACAACAAAAAAUAAGUCUGAGUCAGGGUUAUUUUGACAGACUACUUAGGCUGCUGUAGCCUUUAUUUUCUGUCAGGAAUAACCUAUAAUGCCUUAAGCUCAUUCAGUUGUCUUAUCCUAAAGUAUUUAAGUUUUUGAUGUGGUCAUUUACUCUGCUUUGUGUUUUACCAGCCUAUAGGUUAAACAUUGACGUGUUUACCAGACUACACAAAGUUAAUUCAGUUCUGUGAUAGCUAAGGAAAGACUUCAGAGUAAACUAAAAGUACACAUAAGCUUAUGGGUAGGUUUUUCAAGCAGAGCAUACCUACCAUGUAUAUUUACAGAAAUAUGCAGCAAUUCAAGCAUUGUACACCGAUAUAAGAGUUAAUGUCUGUAGUAAUAACCCAUGUUUUGCUUGGAAGUCAAAUUUGGUUUAUAUUUUGUUUGAUUACGGAUAAACAAACAUAGGUUUCAGGAAACUUCUUUUCAUUCCCCUUCAAACCUGAAGUUUGUGUUUUGUGUCUUCAUGUGUGUUAAUUGAACCGUAAAGAAGGGAUGUUUUGAUUCCAGUUAGAUGUAGUUUAAACCCUCUUUGAAAGAUGUUCUUGAGUCAGCAUUCGCUUACUUGGGUAUCAAAAAUGUUCUGAGUGACCUUAGAGGAGGUGUGCAAUUUUUUUCUGUUUCCAUUUGUUGAAGCCUUUCUAAAUAGUUUUUAUUUAUCAUAGAAACAUUUCAGUUUUUCAUCUCUGUUCCGCAAAUCAUACCAGCAACAAAGACAACUUUCAGAAGUAUUGAGCCAUGUUGCAAGAGUGAUCAUAUUGCCAAAUGAAGAACAAAUAUCUUACUGGAGCAGAAAACAAAAUCCUGUGGCUUGCCUGGAUGUACAGUUAAUGUAACAUAAAUCUGUGAUUUUGCUAAAGUUUAACCUUGUGUCUGUAGAUGUUGGCCUUUUUAAGAAGCCCAGAAAGAAAACCAUCAACAUAGAUACCUACUCACACACCACGGGCUGUGAAUUUGACUUGAAACAGUGGACUGAUAACUUGUGUAGGUCACUACAAAGGGCUAAACAGUGUUCAGGGCUGCUGCUGAGUUUGUGGGCACUGUUUUAAUGUUUUAGUGAGAAACAGACUUGUCAUAGGUAAAUAUCUAAUGUGGAGCUUACUCUGCAUUUGUCAGUAGAUAAGAAUUACUGAUGUUGGGGAGAACAAGCGUAAUGGAAUACAUCGAGCCAUUUAACAUGAUUGGUUUAACCCACAUUGGACACACUCAAGUCAUUGUGGAAGUCAGUACUCCCCUUACCUCUUUGUGUGGUUAUCUUACUGAUAUUAACAGUGGUGGUGUAGUUAGGCAGCCUCUUUACCAUUCCCUGUUUCCCUAACCUUUUUCUUGGCAUGCUCUGUACAAGGACCAUACCCAUACCCCCACCCCCCCCACCCCCCCACCCAAACCUCCCACCCAAACCUCCCACCCCUACCCACCUUGGCACUGAGGAUCAUUGCACAAUGUGUAUGUGAAGGGGUAUGUACCUUACGAUCAAUAUGUGGGCAUACAUGGGGUGGAAGGGAAAAUAGCCAAAAUUGUGAAUUGGUGAAUAUAUAUAAAUAUAUAUAUAUAUAUGAGAUGAAGAGAAAUGAAAUGAAACAAAACGUAAAUGAGAUUUUAUAAAAUAAUUUCAAGAAUAAAAUUCUGAAAAAACAA